AUUUCCCGCAAUUACAGAUGUAUUGAAUAUCACUGAGCUCUAGGAAAGUGUACACACUUGUGUGUUUGUUUUUAUGUUUCAUUAUUUCACAAUCUCACUACGUUUACGUUUUACACGUAAUCUAAUUCCAAACUCUUAGAUCUUAAUUUCACUGUGACAAGAAGUGAGCCCUGUCCAUUGUAAGGUUGGGUCCAGCGACAUUGACUUUACUCCUGAGGAUAUGUACCCGUGACCAAGCAUCAACUUGAUUCAUUGUUUCAUUCAUGUGAACAGCUUACCGACAGAAUUGUUAAGAAUGUUUUCCAUACCUAAAGUAAACUGGGUUGGCUUAUGUGUGUUGCUCAUCGUAUCAAGCGGAGAGUCAGCUGGUUCGGAUGGAAUACAAAUAUUUCAUGAGGGAGACGACAUACCGAUCAAAGCGAUGAUUCAACAUACAGUACAUGAGGAACUGAAAAUAGCUUGGUAUAAAGGAGUUGAUAUAGUGUCAAUUUGUUCUCUAUCAGAUGGGUGUUCUCAAUACUCUACAGAAAUUGAAACAUCUCUAAGUAAAUCGGUCGUUGAAGAAUGUUUCGAGAGCGUGAUAACAAUCAAACAUGCUAGUAAAAAGCAAUGUGAUCUCUGGACACUAAAAUAUCUUGGACUUGCCAGAGUAGAGAAGCCUGGGGAGCUGUAUCACUGCCAGAUAAGUUUUAAGAAUACUUCGAAAGCUGACAUUGAAAGAAGUUGCAAAGAUCCACCUAGGGCUACUGCAUUGAAAAAUGACAAUGGUUACACUACAGACGAAGUAAUAAAUACUACAUUGAAAAGCGACAAUGAUUACACUACAAACAUAGUAAUAAUUAUGGCAGUACUUGCGUGCAUUAUUACAUCUGUUGUCGUACUAAGCGGCAUCGUAUGUGUUAAGAAAAUGUUACCACUUCUGCGUAAGCAAAAGACUACCCAACAUUUGACAACUAAUCUGAAACAAGUUUAUAGAAAUGGAAUGAAUAUCGACGUAUGGCUUAAAUCCAUGGAUGGGAAAUAUGGGAAAGAGAAAAACGAUUCCGAAAUUAGUUUGAUAUAAUGUAUCCAUAAACAUCUUUUAAAUUUCAGAAAACAAUGUGUUAAAGAAAUUUAACAAAUAAUAUUUUUUGAUAUAAUGUUGAAUUUCCGUUUUUUUUUUUCACACAAAAAUUAGAUAAACACUUGAUUAAAAAUGUUAUGUUUUUUGAAAGCUUCGAAAAGCUUUUCAAAUAUUUCAAUAAAAAGCCACAGAAGCCGAUAAAUAUGUGCACUACAGUCAUCCAAUGACCACAUUCUUGUGUUUGUCUUUGAGAACCCUUGACGUUCUGAACAUCAUACUCAAAUGUAUCCUUGGUCUUGAGAUAAAGCUAUUUAUACCUUGUAAUACAUAUUUAUAGAUUUGGUUUACUAGAAAUAUUGUGUUUUGGACUUUGUCAACGUUUGUUCUAGUAUGUACAUAAUUUGUUUAUAAUGUCUUUAAAUUCCCAAUGUUUUGUUUCCUUUUUUCAAUUUAUGUCUUUGUUUGUAAUGAAGAUGCCUGUUCAAAUAGAAAAAAAAAUCUACCAAUUGUAGAUCUAGAGCUAGCUAUCGACGGUAAGCAACUUCUUAGAUCUAGUUUCUUAUUUAAAAAAAAAUUAAAAUCUAAUUUAAAAAGUUUGUAAACAUUUAAAAUAUAAAAAAAAACUGCAUUGAAAAUUAGAAAAAAAAGCUUGUGUUUUAAGUGUUGGACAUAAAAACAUCAGACCAUGGGCCUUUAGGCCAAUCUGUCAGCUGGUGAAUGAUCCGAGGAAGACACUGACUAUAGAUAGUUUUUUAGUGAACAUAAAAGUCUGAUAUAUUGUUUUGACCACUCGCUGGUGAUCCUAUCUAUAUCUGCAACUACUUCUGUGUGUGUAUGUGUCCCAGAACUGUUGGACUUUACUAGUAAAGAAACUCCGAAGAUCAUGCAUUUCGUAUGACAUGUAAGCCCAUGUGGGUUGUAUGUCUAGGGCAGCGGAAAGCGAGAACUAUGAACAAUUCUGAACAAAGUUCUUACUUUUGUUGUUGUGAUACCAUAAAAGUAUGUUUUUUUUAUGCAAUAUAUCUUUUGGAAAAGAAUAAAAAAAAAUAUUGAUUGAAAAAAAAAUGCGUGCGUGUAUGUGUGUGUGUGUGUAUGUUGACAUUUAACAUUAUAGAGAUUAAAUAUUACGAGGAUCACAAAAGUAAAUGUGUUUCUUUGACUUACUAAUCAUUGAAUACAAUUGUGUGAUGUAAAUGUACAUGCUGUUGUAUAACUCUUUGGCUUUACAGUGUAUUGCUUGCUCUAUGUAAUUCCAAAUUCUAAGAUGCCUUUCAUAAACAGAUACGGAAGGGGAGAAGAAGGAGAGGCGGUAGGGACGAUAAACCAUGCGGGCAAAAUUCCUUAAAUAAAUGACACAGUUCGGAGUUCAAAAUUACUUAGAAAUCUUCAUAAUAUAUACUAAUUAUACAUAUUUUAUCCAAUUUUAUAUAAUGUUGCCCCCCCCUCCCUGGUAACCAUCUGGUAUGUAGUGUCAUGAUAAUCAAACGGCCCCCUUACCUACCUUAUCCUUCAGGUUGAGGGUGGCGUUUUAAUUACUGUGCUGAAAUUUCAAUUAGUAAACAGAUUUAGUCAUUAACUUUAUAAUGCAUUAAACCACUGGUAUAUUAGCCAUUAACCCCCAAAACUUUAUUGCUGCACUAAAUAUAUUUUUUUCUGUUAAAUAUGAAUAUCUAUAGGUCAAACUAAGACAUUGCAAAAAUAUUUUUUUUUUAAAUAUUCCAUUAACGAGUCUGUCAGAUGUAAACUGGCAGUGUACGUAGCAGGAGGAGGCGUGGUGGCUGAGCGGUAAAGCGUUUGGCUUUUGAACCGAGGGUCCCGGGUUCGAAUCCUGGUGAAGACUGGGAUUUUUAAUUAUUUCGGGAUCUUUUUGCGCCUCUGAGUCCACCCAGCUCUAAUGGGUACUUGAUAUUAGUUGGGGAAAGAUUAAAGGCGGUUGGUCGUUGUGCUGGCCACAUGACACCCUCGUUAACCGUAGGCCACAUAAACAGAUGACCCUUACAUCAUCUGCCCUAUAGACCACAAGGAAGUGGCCCGUGAGGAUAAUUAUAUAUUUAUUUUUUUAAUAUAAAUUUUACAAUCUUUAUGUUAAAACAGAUUAGUUAUAACAUAGACAAGUACAACAUUAAACAUGUUAGAAUUAAAUAGAUUAUGUUUUAAUGUUUUAUUUACUAUACAAUUAUAACAAUAUAGUAAAAAAGCAUGUAAGAACAACAUUAUACGGUAUUAUCCAGGUAUAUUUUUUUAAAACUAUAAAUAAUAAUAGGGUAGUGAAAUAUUCAUAGAUCAUGUCCAUAAAAAAAAUAAUAAAAAAAUUGUUGUGCAGUUGAAGCAAACACACUGCAGCAUCCAUUGUAUAUUCAUAUGCUUAUCAGUUAUGUAAUAAUCAUACAUUCCUCUUUUUUUCUAAUUCUUUUCAUUGGGUCGCAGUCAUCAUUUGGCAUUUUUUUAAGCUUGUUGGCUUUGAUGAAGUCUAUAGACUCAAUUUCCUUGUGAUAAUUAGCUAUAUAUGAAGGGACUAAAUUUUAAAAUAAUUAUACAUAAUAAAUAAUGGUGUCUUAGAAGUAAACAUAAUAUGCUACCAUAUAAAACUAGGACCUAAUAACAAAUUGUAUGAUUCUAAUGUCACUAAAACUCAAUUAUGUUUUUGUCUAAUUCAUUUAUUUAGUAUCAGAAAUCAGGUUAUCAUCUUGAUUCUUAUUGAUGAUUUUGUGAAUUGUUAAUAUUUCAUUUAAACCCUAAAUAAAAUAAUAUGAAUACUUAUAA